UGGAGGAUAUCCCUUUCUGUGUCCAACAUAUAAAUACCAUUCGGGUCUUUCUUUCUUUCUCUCUCUAAUUUCCUCUCUCUCUCCCCCGCGAGCAUGGAGUCCCCGGCGGUGGCUGGAAACGGAGAUGGGAGAUUCUUCCAGAACGUCAUCGUAAUGAGGCACGGCGACCGGAUAGACAACUUCGAGCCGCUGUGGGCGGCGGGGGCUGCUAGGCCGUGGGACCCGCCGCUGGUGGAUGCCGGCCGGGCGAGGGCCUUCUGCACGGGCUUGAAGCUCCGGAACCAGCUCGAGUUCGGGAUCCACCGCGUCUUCGUCUCGCCCUUCCUCCGAUGUGUCCAGACCGCCUCCGAGGUCGUCUCGGCUCUCUGCGCCGUCGACGACGUCUCUCUGGACCCCGACAAUAUGACCUCCGAUGGCCUCCGAAUCGAUCCCUCCAAGAUCAAGGUCUCUGUUGAGUAUGGACUGUGUGAGAUGUUGAAUGAGGAAGCCAUAAGACCUAAUGUCGCCCCUAAAGAUGGAAAAUUUGGUUUCGAUAUCUCGGAGAUUGAAGCAAAGUUACCUGCCGGGACAGUUGAUCACUCCUUUGAACGAGUGUAUCAAGAGUUGCCACAAUGGAAAGAGACGGUAGAGGGUGCAAGGUAUAGAUAUGCACAGGUUAUUAAGACCCUGGCUGAUAAAUAUCCUUCAGAAAAUUUGUUGCUUGUCACGCAUGUUUCAGGUUGCCGAUUUGGGCUUUGGAUCAGGUCUACUUUCCGGCUCCAAAAAACCCUUAGCAAUUGCUAAAGCAAGGGGAUGCUUACUAUGUGAAGCUUCGGAAACUGGCCUGGGGGAACCAAGGAUAAAAGGAAAAUGAGAGGAAACAGGAAGGAAAAUGGAAGAAACCAAAGGAAAAGAGGGCUUAUCAGCUUAUCUAGCAGUGCUGUGAAAGAGAAAAGGAAGGAAGAAGAUGAAAGGAGAGGAGAGAAAGUCACCUGCAUCAAAACCUCCUGUGACUGCCUUAGCUCCAGGAUCCAUCCAUCCAUCCCUCCCUCCCUCCCUCCCCAGGAAGAUGGAUAUGCAUAUAUAUAGCCAUAUGCAUCCCCAGGGGCAACAACCCACUGUACCAGUAAAAGGGUGUAGCAAGCAACAGAGCAAGGAAGAAACAAACUGAGGCUUACCUUUUCCCAGAGUUCACAGGCCUGAUGGAGGGGAGAAAGAAGAACCCAAUCAACAUCCAAGAAACAGCAGCUAGGUUAUGUGAGAAUGGGGGAAGAGAUGUGCAUAUAUAUUGAGUGACAAUUUUGUAAAUAUAAUUAUGAGUUGAAAUAUAAAUAAUAAUCUGAAAAUGUUAUUAUAUAAAUAAUACAUAUAAAAUGCACCAUUCUGAAAUAACUUCAAGAUCAGUUUGGCUUGCAAUUCACCAUUUAGACAACUCUCAGAAAUCGCAGAUAUUAGCUUUUAUUA